AUGUCGCCGCUGCACUACAUCUUCAUCAUUAACCAGCUCACCCGCUGCAGCAACCUCACCUAUAGCUGGCUCACCUCAGACCUCGGCGUCACCAAGGGGAGGUGGACAAAGCACAGACCAGGACCGGCAGCAAGAACCUUAAACUGGAGCCGCCAGGCAGAAUCCCCCAGUGUCCUCCAGAGUCCGUGGGAGAUCCUGUGGUGGUCGGGGACAUGGUUCCAGAAUCUCCACCGGGGAAGAUAUGGAGUUCGUUGUCCCUCACAUAGACAACUCCUUAUCCAACAUGCACUUUCCAAACUUGGAGAAGAAUAUGUGGAACAAGAGAUAAAGAAAGCCUUGAUGGGUGUAAAACAAAUGAAGAAGAUCAUGGAAAGAAAUGAGGAGAAACAUGAAAGUAUUUUGAAAUCUCUCAAGAAAACUAAAGAAGAAAACCAGGAGGCUGUGAGGCUCUUUGAGGACAUUAAUCAAAAGAUGGAUGAAGCAGAAACACAAUGCAAACAAUCACUAAAAACUCAGUGGGAGGGAUGUGAAGCUUGCCUUGAAUGGUCUUGCAUUCAAUUCUACACAAACAGCUGUUCCCAGCAGGAUUUGAAGAACUUUGUUAAGGAUCAACAAUUUUUUAAAGAGUCACCACCAAUGAGUCUCAUUUCUGGAAACAUUGAAGAAAAAUAUAAAAGUGAACAUUACAUUGCUGCCCAGCUCAGCCAGAAAGAGAACUUGUUCAGCCAGCUGAUGUCUGACGUCAGUGCCCUCUUUAAUCAAAGCAUUGCCUUUUUUAAAAACUUUCAUAAUGAAUCGUUUCAGAAUUAUUUUCUCUCCAGUUUGGUUCAGUUAGACAUCAGCACCUCGACUAUGAUGCCUGACAGGGAUCCUGUAAUUGUCUCACAUUAUUUUGAGAAUUGGGAUUUUUCACAUAUGCUUAAAAGCUUAUAUGAAUUUGGACAGUCUGUUUUUGAAAUUGUGACUGAUGUUUUUGUCAUGAUGUACAAAAAGUUCAAUGGUGAUCUCAAAGAUCCAUACAUCCAGUCUCAAGAGUCUCCAGUCCACCCCAGAUCCAUGCCAACCAUAACAUUGUGCAACCAGCUUCAAAAUGCCUCAGAAUGCCUGCUCUUUCAGAAGAGAUGUCAGCUAUGCUAUGAAUCUGUGAUUAAAGACUGUCCUGAUGUGGUAGAGCUACGUUGGAAUUCUGAAGCGGCCUUCAGGCUGGUAAACGUAUCCAGACAGCAGUAUGAAGAUGUUGUACAGCUUGUGCAGCAGCACACUGAUGAAACGCUUAACUUAGUGAGUCAAAUGAAAGACCAGUUUGGAUGGGUCACAGAACACACUAACACAAGCUCUGGCACCAACACUAUCUUCAGUAUAGAAAAGGUGUUGCUCAACCCAAACACAGAUACAGUUGUGGAAGCAAGAAUAUUCUCAUCCAACAAUUUUAUUAUCAUGGUCCCAGCCAAUAUUGAAGUUGAUAGUCCUCAGUUUAUACAAUAUAUUGUGGCUAAAUCAUUAGAACAUCAUAAAAACAACUUUUGAAAGCAACAACAGAACUUGGUUACUGUAUGAGAAAUUCAAUUAUGCCGAAAUAAUUACAGAUGCGUCGAAAGAACUCUAAGUGAUUGGAAUUAGUAAAUUGUGUAACACAGGCAAUUGUCCAAUUUAAUUUAAAGGGGAUGUACAGCCAAGUGCAUAUUGAUGAUCUACCCUCAGGAUAGUUCAUCAAUAUCUGAUCGGUGGGGCCCACCAGCACCCCUGGCGAUCAGCUGUUUGAAGAGGAGGUGGUGCUCGUACGAGCGCUACUUCCUCUUCACAAUUACACUGCACAUCGUUUCGGAAGUCUUAGUGGCACAGUGUAAUUACAAGUACUUGUUCAAUUCACUUGAAUGGAGCAAACACUUGUAAUUACACUGCGCAGCCACUGCAAGCAAGACAACGCACAGUGUAAUCCUGAAGAGGAUGUAGUGAUCGUAGGAGCACCGUCUCCUCUUCAAACAGCUGAUCAGCGAGAGUGCUGGGAGUCAGACCUCCACCAAUCACCACCGAUCAGAUAUUGUCGAGCUAUCCUGACAGUAGGUCAUCAAAAUGUAUUGACUGCAGAGCACCUUUAAUCAUUUAUGUCAAUGCAGUACAUAAAGCUAAUCUGGCAUGUUUUAUAUGCAAUCAGAUGCAUGUUAUAUAGCAGGAGGAGCUGAGGAGAUUGAUAUAUAGUUUUGUGUAAA